AUGGAGUCUGUGAACGGCCAAAUGUCCAUGACGAUACUCAACAGGGACGACAUAAAACUGAGUAGUUGUUUGGAAGACAUGGAGAUGCUGGAAGACGUGGAGAUGUUGGAAGACGUGGAGAUGCUGGAAGACACAGAGAUGCUGGAAGACGAGCAGAUGCUGGAAGCCCUGGAGAUGCUGGAAGACCUGGAGAUGUAGGAAGACAUGGAUUUUCUGGAAGACAUGGUUUUUUUGGAAGAUGUGGAUUUUCUGGAAGACACCCCUUUGUUGGAAGACAUGGAUUUUCUGGAAGAUGCACCUUUUUUGGAAGACGUGAAUUUUCUGGAAGACACACCUUUGUUGGAAGACGUGGAUUUUCUGGAAGACACGGCUUUGUUGGAAGACGUGGAUUUUCUGGAAGAUGCCGCUUUGUUGGAAGACAUGGAUUUUCUGGAAGACGCACCUUUGUUGGAAGACAUGGAUUUUCUGGAAGACGUGGAUUUUCUGGAAGACAUGGGUAGGUUGGAAGACAUGAAUUUGAUGGAAGACACAGUUUUGUUGGAAGACAAGGAUUUGCUGGAAGACAUGGAUUUCCUGGAAGACGUGGAUUUUCUGGAAGCCAUGGAUUUGAUGGAAGACAUGGAUUUUCUGGAAGACUUGGAUAGGCUGGAAGACCUGGAGGUCAUUGGAAGACAUGGAUUUCCUGGAAGACAUGGCUUUUCUGGAAGACAUCAAUUUUCAGGAAGACCCGAAUUGUCCGGAAGACCUGGAUUAUUUGGAAGACAUAGAUUUGCUGGAAGACUUGGAAGUUACUGGAAGACAUGA